AUGGACGACGUCGGUUCUAACGCUCAAAUUCCGGACGUUUCAGCGGCGGAAGCGUUGUGGUUGGAAGAGACCAACACGAACGGAACCCGAGUGGUGGCUUCGGCCGGACAACGCUACGAGUUUACGUGUUACGCGCCAGGAGUGCCUCCGCCCCGAAUCUCCUGGUUCAAAGACGACCGACGGUUCAACCACUCCGGCCACAACGGAAUAGAGUCGAAGGACGACUGUCGGAGACUGGUCAUAGAAAGACUCCUGGACGACGAUUCCGGCUUUUACCUGUGUCGAGCAGAAAACCCAGCCGGGAUCUCGACCGCCAACGUCACUUUGGUGGUGGCCAAAGACCGAGCGGAGGCUUGGCGGCGAGAGAGGGAACGAAACGCUUACACCGCGGUUUUCGUGGCGGCCUUGGCGCCGGUUCCGUCGAUACUGACCGCCUUCCUCAUCACAAAAGUCCUGAAAGAAAAGGUAAGACCUCCUCCCCUUGUGUCUGUGGCGGUGUUUUUAAAACCGCUUUGGUUGCAGAGAGAAAAGAAGGAACUGGAAAUCCUGACCCACGCCGUCUUCUAUAAGGGUCGAGCGGAACAAAUCAAUCCCGACUUGCCGUUAGACGAACGGAUCGAUCUGCUGCCUUACGAUUGCAGCUGGGAACUUCCGCGGGAAUGCUUGAAAUUAGGUAGGUGACCCGGCGGACCGUCUAAACCCCCGGCCAAAGCGCGUACCGUAUACGGUAGGCGGCCAAACUCUAUUGUUAGUUCGAUGGCUGGACGAUAU